AUGUUAACACUCCCGCCUAUUUCGCAAGUGGUCGGCCUCACCACCGAAGCAAGGGCACAGGUACUCGACCUGCUCUUUGAGCCCUGUCAACAGCUCCACACACUAUCAGUCAGCUUGCUCCAAGAACGGUCUUUCGCAUCUUAUGAUGAGCUCAUAGACGCCGUCGGCCAGCAACUCCGGGACCUGUGCGAGUCUCGACUGGAGAGCGACAACAAGUGGCUGGAAGCCAUCCUGUCUGCCCAUCCACGGCUGGGCGAGAAGAAGGUUGAGAGCGAGCAGAGCAGGAAGGAGCAAGCCCAGCUCAACCAAGGCGGCGAAGAGCAGGCGGCCAUGUUGGCGGAGAUGAACAGGAGUUAUGAAAGUACCUUUCCAGGCUUGCGAUACGUUGUCUUUGUGAACGGGCGGAGCCGUCCUGUGAUCAUGGCGGAUAUGCAGAAACGGAUACAACGAGGCGACAUCAAGCAGGAGAAGCAAGAUGCCAUCAAGGUCAGUUCUCGAUGUCUACCCCUCCCCCGACGAACCCCUGUUUUCCGAAAAAACAAGGGCCUGAACUGUGCCAACUGA